AUGGACAACAGCCAAGGUACUCAGUACUUGGAGAGGCUAUUAGGUCGCUCACUGCGGAUUCACACGACCGACACUCGGAUGUUUACUGGACUCUUCAAGUGCACCGAUGCAGACCGGAAUAUCAUCCUCGCUAAUUCCUUUGAAUACCGCAUGCCUACGACAUCUGCAGUUGAAGCCGCCGUAAGCGAAAGUGGACACACUGGAGGAUCAGAAGCAAAGAGCGCAACAGUUAAGGUGAAUAUGACGAGCCGACUCAUAGGCCUCAUUGUGAUCCCGGGGCGCCAUAUCACGAAAAUUGAGCUGGAGUAG